AUGAUUUCGUAUUGCAGUGACAUUGAUGGCCAGAGUGAGAGAUGUCAUGUAAGAAUUGAAGAGGGAAUUAUGCCUAUUAUAUUUGAAAAACGACUCGAGAUGUAUGAGGGGCUAAAGAAGCGACAAUACAACAUCUGUUUGAAAGAGAAAAAGAAAGAAACAUCAUCUAAUAUUUUGAUUUUCAGUGAUAUGCUUGCCUCGGAACCAGGACUAUCUUGGGAAGUUGUUUUACGCCUUGAAAGUCUGAAAUCUAUCAAGGAAGAACUCAUUGGGUCAGAAGACCCUACCGGGCAGCUUCCAAAUGUGGAUGCAAUCAUCGCAGCGUACCGGUCUGGGGAGUUGAACUGGCGGCCUGGAUACGUGACAUUUUGGUCAAAGGGAAAAAAGCUCGGCCCAGCAAAGAAGUUCGACGUUGACGACUCCCUGAAGGUCAACAGGAAGCAUGAUGGACAUAGAGGGUUCUGGGUGGAAGGGCGCGAUGGACUUGAGCCGGCUCGCAGUAAUAUAGCUUGUGAAUUACUCGCCAUGUAUCCUUAUGCGUUUGAGCACGAGAUAACCCUUGAUAUUCGUAUUCCAGGCUCAACAAUAAGGCAACCCCUAUAUUUCCUUGACGAUACUGGAGCCAGCCAUACGCACAUCUUUCAAGAAGAUUUAGACCUCCUUCAUAUACAGGAUCCUGGUCACCAGGCGCCAGGCCUCGGCUGGUCAGUAUUGAAUACAAGCAACGGCGAUAUGAGGGCACCCGGUGUUCUGUUGGAGGCUGCACUAUUCACAGAUCAAAACGUUCAAUUAAUACCGUGGACAAGAGUUAAUGUCAUGCUAUACAAAGGAAACCAGAGUCAUCCCCAGGAUUACAGGCUUUCUGGAAUUUGGUGGCGCCACAUGAUCGGCGUUGCAUCAUUUCCAGAUAAUACGGGACGCUUACACUUGGGCACUGAAAGGCGGGAUUUUGAUAAUCUUCCCGAUUUUGAUAGAGACAGGGACGCUGUUGCACCUGAAAUAUCAUAUAAUCCUCCUUCGGCUGCACCGCCUGCGCCGCCUCUUCCACCUCCACUAUCUACUAGUACGCAGAGCUGGGCUUCAGGGGAUUGGGCCCUUAAUCCAUCUACAACGCAGACUCGAGCUCCUGCAGCCACUGGCCCAGCGGAACGAUCACAUAGAAGAAGAUUUAGAGACAGUGCUGCUAGAGGUCUUCGGAAACUCUUUAGGUAG